AUGCACUUUCUUUUGUUGGUGCUCGUCUACUAUGUCGGACUGAUCGUAUUCAUGACCGGAUUGCUCCCCAUGGAAGAUAUCACCUAUAAAGAUCAAAUCCCCGUUCAAACAGACCCAGGGGCUGUGACUCGGUUUGUUUUUAUGAUUGUGGAUGGUUUGAGAAGUGAUUUGUUAUUGUCUCCGCAACAUGCUCCCAGUUGGCGGAAAUUGGCUGCGCAUCUGGACCGGCACGCUUUUAUCCGUGCGAAUUCCUAUAUUCAACCACCGACGGUCACUAUGCCGCGAAUCAAGGCUAUCACUUCCGGUCGUGUGCCGAAAUUUGUCGAUGUGUUACGCAAUUUGGAUACGGCGGCCAUGCAUGGCGAUACAUGGCUAUCUAGAUUGGUUCAUCAGAAGCAGUGGUCUUUGGAAUUCUAUGGCGAUGAUACUUGGAUAAAACUAUUUCCAGAUCUGUUCAAAAGGUUUGAUGGAACCAAUUCGUUUUUUGUGAAUGAUUACUACGAGGUUGAUCGAAAUGUGACCCGACAUUUGAAGGACCUAUUUCAACGCCCGUCUGAAUGGAACGGAGUGAUCUUGCAUUAUUUGGGAUUGGAUCAUAUCGGUCACGUCGAAGGCCCCAGGGGAUCAAGUUUGCCGUCUAAACUGUCAGAAAUGGAUACCGUGGCGGAUUCCAUUAUCACCCAAUUGAACGAGAUAAAAUCAUCGAAGGGCGAUUCGUGGCUGUUUGUGUUGACCGGGGAUCACGGUAUGAGCGAUCAGGGUGGCCACGGUGGUUCGAGUUUCGGUGAGGUCAAUACUGGUCUGCUUCUGGUCAGUUCUACGCCAAGAUCCGAUCAAACUGUUCCCUUAACAGAAACCCAACAAGUCGAUUUGGCCUCAUUUAUGGGCCUCGUGACGGGAGCAGGCAUACCGAAGAGCAGUUUGGGUUUGAUUCACCCCAAAUGGUUUGACACGUUCUGGCCGGAACCGUUUGAUCGACUUCGUGCAUUGGCCAAAUUGCUGCGUCACUAUGCCCUUCUCUCGGGCUGUAUGUCACGUUACUCGGAAGCCCAAUGGGAUGAAUUGCCCACCAUAGACCUUACUUGUCCGUCCAAAUUCAUCACGCGAGAUGAAAUCAUCUUCUACAAUACGCUGGUCAAACAAAUGGAACUCAAGUAUAUUUAUCUGCAUCAGGGUGGCAGCACUUCCCGUGCUAACUAUUCCAUGUCUGAUUCGAAAAACAACCCAGAUAGUCACGAGGGCCAGAUUUACCAGUUGCUUCGUAAAAUUCAAUCUCGUGCCUUGAGCGGAGCACAUCAUUUGGACGAUAUGAGUAUGGUCGCGGGUGCGUUACUAAUGUGGCUCGUAAGUUCAUUUUUAGUUGACUGUGUCACUUUAUCCGAUGAAUUUGUUCUCCCGCACACCAGGAAACACAGAACGGAGAAGCUCACUAUUCAUCAAGACAAAAUGCCCGUACUGUGUGAUUGCUAG